UUAAAGUCUCCAGCCAAAAUGAAAUUUUCAAAAUUUUCAACAUAUUUAAGGAUUGAGAGAAGUUCAUUAGUCACUGUUGUAGAACGUAUCUUCGGAUUUAAAUAGCAUGUUACUACUGUAAUGUCAUCAAAAUUUAGAAUUAUGAAGUUUUCCAAAUAUUUCACAUUUAGUAAAUUUCCUAACCUAGAAUUAAAAUACACGGAAAUUCCCCUCAUCGGUCGCCCUGCCUCCUUUUGUGAAGCUAAAACUUGCCUUGAAUAAAAACCAGGAAUGUGAAGUGGUUUCUUUAAAAAUGUUUCCGUGAAAAGAAGAAUAUCAUAAUUUUGCAGUUCUGUUGCAAUCGGAGAUUCAUAUGCUUUCGUAAGCCCUUCACAAUUCCAAAGCCCUAAUUUUAAGUUACUCACGUCGCUGUUUCGACAAGGGAAAUCUAUAAAGAAAGUUUCUCACGAGCACUACAGUUGCGCUUGCUUCUGUAGCGCCGCCACCGAGGGCGCGCGCCACCCAAAUCAAGUUCCCUCCAAACGCUCCCUCGAGCCACUCCUCCUUCUUUCAUGCCGGACGAGCAAGAACGAUACGCAAAUUUCUUGUCCGUCGCAUAUCGACCAGCAUCCGAGCCCCGAUCAUGGGUUCGGAUUAAACCACAAAAAAAAACACCUGACUUGUUUUUCUCCACUUGAACAAACCCUUUUCUGUGGCCUGGAAGCCACAGUGGUGCCCAGUACCCUGGUCUUCAAGUAGAUGUCUACUGGAAGAACCGGCGACAACGACGACAACAACCUCGUCUCCGAACAAGACCCACUCUUGUCCUCAACGGCGACCCAGCCUCUCUCGCCCACCGACGCAUUCAGUCUCUUCGACGAAGUUGCCCGAGUUGCAGCCCAACCCACACCACCACCUCCAGACGAGGAAGCCGACCAAGUGCCCAAACCUGACACAGUCCGACCUGUAAACAUGUCAGGCAAUAUCGGAAACGUCUCCAUGCCCUGCUUUGCUUACGAGACAGCCCCAUUCUGGCUAAAGCUGCUUGAUGAGAAACUGAAAGAUGAGCAAGUUGAUGACGAGGUGGUCAUGUUCAAGUUUCUCCGUGAGGACAUUCCGAUCACCGGCUCACCCGAGACAGUCCUCUCACUGCUCACCCCGAUUCCACCCGUUAAGCCUUACACCACUCUGCGCGACGCCAUCCUCACACACGUCCAACCCUCCGCCCAGAAACGAGUAAUCCAACUCCUGAUUGAAGAGGGCCUUGACGGUUCCACACCCUCUGAGUUUCUUGCCAGGAUGCGCAAGAUUGCUGACUCUGACCCAGAACACACGAUGUUGACCGAGCUCGUCUUCUCCUGCUGGGCUGCCAAACUUCCUGCCUUUGUUCGCUUGGCCAUCAGCGGCGAGAAGGACCUUGCCAUCGCCGCAUCCAAGGCGGACAUGAUGAUGGCCAGGGACCGCAGCAGCAACCUGUCACAGCUGCUCUCCUCCACAUCCUCCCCAAUCGCUACUACAGCACAAAUCUCGGCCAUCAGCAAAGCUACUGACAAAAGCAACAACUCCGGCGGCGGCACCAACUCCCGUGUCGACCGGCUGGAGACAAAGAUGGACGACCUGACCAAGCAGGUUUUGCUACUCACGCAGUCCGUCAACAACCUGCUGAUCAACAACAGCAACAACUACAAAGGGCGCUCAAGAGCGCGCUCCAAAAGUCGCCCCCGAGACAGAUCGUCCUCCCGCAGCACUGAGCUCUUCGACGACGACAACGCCCUGGGAAAGAUUUGCUACUACCACAAGACCUACAACUUGGACGCUAGACACUGCACUUCUGGCUGCCGCUACUACGCUUCCCACCAAGCUCAGCAAGCCGCCGUGGCCAGCAACCCCCCGCCAGCGUCAAACUAG